AAGCGGAGCAGCACCGGCCCUCGCCUGCUGCGACAACCGCUCUGCGGAACGCCAGGAGAAGCGGCGGAAAACCCAACGGCCGGCGGGUCCUCGGCAUCGCUCCCGGGUCGCGCAGGAACACGGCGGCAGUAUGCUGUUUGGAGAUGACAACCAAAAGGAAAAUUAUCGGCCGCUUGGUGCCCUGCCGGUGUUUUCGUGGCGAAGAAGAAAUCGUCUCAGUGUUAGAUUACUCUCACUGUGGCCUACAGCAGGUGCCAAAGGAGGUUUUUAACUUUGAACGGACAUUAGAGGAGCUUUACCUAGAUGCCAAUCAAAUUGAAGAGCUACCUAAGCAACUGUUCAACUGUCAAGCUUUACGCAAACUGAGUAUACCAGACAAUGACCUUUCAAGUCUGCCAACCACUAUUGCUAGCUUAGUUAAUCUCAAAGAACUUGAUAUCAGUAAAAAUGGAAUUCAAGAUUUUCCAGAAAAUAUUAAAUGUUGUAAGUGUUUAACAAUUAUUGAAGCCAGUGUCAAUCCAGUCUCUAAGCUACCAGAUGGCUUCACACAACUUCUAAAUUUGACCCAGCUCUAUCUAAAUGAUGCCUUUUUGGAGUUUCUUCCAGCUAACUUUGGAAGACUUGUCAAAUUGAGAAUUUUGGAGUUAAGAGAAAAUCACUUGAAAACUCUACCAAAGUCAAUGCACAAACUGACUCAACUGGAGAGACUUGAUCUGGGCAAUAAUGAAUUCUCUGAACUGCCUGAGGUUCUCGAACAAAUACAAAACCUAAAGGAAUUGUGGAUGGACAAUAAUUCUUUGCAAAUACUACCUGGGUCUAUAGGGAAGUUAAAACAGCUCGUGUACCUGGAUGUGUCAAAAAACAGGAUAGAAACUGUUGAUUUGGACAUAUCAGGAUGUGAAGGACUUGAAGAUCUCCUGUUGUCAUCCAAUAUGUUGCAGCAACUGCCAGACUCCAUAGGACUGUUGAAAAGGCUUACAACUUUAAAAGUAGAUGACAAUCAGCUUACAAUUCUGCCAAAUGCAAUUGGAAAUUUAUCUUUAUUAGAAGAAUUUGACUGUAGCUGUAAUGAGUUGGAGUCCUUACCUUCUACCAUUGGCUACCUUCAUAACCUGAGGACAUUGGCUGUGGAUGAGAAUUUCCUUCCUGAACUGCCCAGAGAAAUUGGAAGCUGUAAAAACGUAACAGUGAUGUCUCUGCGCUCUAACAAGCUAGAAUUUCUUCCUGAUGAAAUUGGUCAGAUGCAGAAGCUGAGAGUGUUAAAUCUGAGCGAUAACAGACUGAAGAAUUUACCAUUCACUUUUACUAAACUUAAAGAACUUGCAGCUUUGUGGCUUUCUGACAACCAGUCCAAGGCUCUCAUUCCACUGCAAACUGAGGCUCACCCAGAAACAAAGCAGAGAGUACUGACUAACUACAUGUUUCCCCAGCAACCCCGCAGUGAUGAAGAUUUCCAGUCAGACAGUGAUAGUUUUAACCCUACUUUAUGGGAGGAGCAGAGACAGCAACGUAUGACUGUUGCCUUUGAAUUUGAAGAAAAAAAGGAAGAGGAGGAAAAUGCAGGGAAAGUUAAGGUUGAAAUAAAUCUAAAACGUUAUCCCACUCCAUACCCUGAGGAUUUAAAGAAUAUGGUAAAAUCAGUUCAAAAUCUGGUGGGCAAAACAAGCCAUGGAGUACGGCCUGAGAACUCAACACCAACUGCGAACAGUGAACAAACUGUGAAAGAAAAGUAUGAGCACAAGUGGCCCAUGGCACCAAAGGAGAUUUCAGUGGAGGUUCAAGAUAGAGAAAAUAAAGAAUUCCAAAAGAGUCACCUGUCUGAUACAGACAACACUCAGAAAUCAACUCUGGAAAUCCCAGACAGGAAGGAGAAAGAGGAGCAUACAAAAAGCUCAGAGGAUGCCUUUGGACAUCCUGCCAGUGAGAUGAGGAUAGGGGAACUUCGUCCUUCCAUGCCAGAGACUCCGUUGUACCCACCCAAACUUGUUCUUCUGGGUAAAGAGAAGAAAGAAUCGACAGAUGAGUCUGAAGCAGAUAAGAUCCAUUGUCUGAAUAACAGCGUUUCCUCAGGCACUUACUCAGACUAUUCCCCUUCCCAGGCUUCCUCAGGGUCCUCCAACGCGCAUGUUAAAAUGGGGUCCUUGCAGACAACGGCUAAAGAAGCAGUGAAUAACUCUUUGUGGGGGAACAGGCUGGCACAGUCAUUUCCACAGCCCCUUGAAACAAAGCCAUUGCUGAGCCAACGGGAAUCCACGCCGGUGGGGAACCUGCCACAGCGCACCGACAGGCGCCCGCUGAGCGAAACGUUCGCUGACAGCUGGAAUGACAGCUCGCACUACGAUAACACAGGGUUCGUUGCGGAGGAGAGCACGGUGGAGAAUCCUAGUGCUAACCCCCUCCUGAGCACGAAAUCUAGAAGCACAUCUGCACAUGGACGCAGGCCGUUGAUUAGACAAGACAGGAUAGUUGGCAUUCCCCUGGAGCUGGAGCAGCCAACGCUCAGAAAUACACACGAAUCUGAAGUGCCUCCUCCCAAUCCUUGGCAAAAUUGGACCAGAACCCCUAGUCCUUUUGAAGACAGGACAGCUUUUCCUUCCAAACUGGAAAGCACCCCCACCACCAGCCCUUUGCCUGAGCGGAAAGAUCAUGUCAAAGAGUCUCCUGAAAUGACUAGCACUUUCACCCCAGGAAUAGCAUGGGAAUAUCACGAUUCAAAUGCUAACAGAAGUCUCACAAACGUCUUUUCCCAUAUCCACUGUCGCCCAGAUCCUUCCAAAAGCGUUAUUUCGAUCAGCAAGAGUACAGAGCGACUUUCUCCGAUGAUGAGGGAUUUAAAAACUAACAAAUUUAAGAAGUCACAAAGUAUCGAUGAGAUAGACAUUGGUACAUACAAAGUGUAUAAUAUACCCUUAGAAAACUAUGCAUCUGGUAAUGAUACUGUAGGAACCCACGAGAGGGUGGACAAGCUCCUGGGCCCAGAGCACGGCAUGCUGAGCAUGUCCCGCAGCCAGUCGGUCCCCAUGCUGGACGACGAGCUGCUGACCUACGGCAGCGUCAAGGUGCAGCCGCAGCAGAAGUCGUCCGUCACGAAGAAAGUCUACCAGUUCGACCAAAGCUUCAACCCACAGGGAGCAGUGGAGGUCACAGCGGAGAAGAGGCUACCGCCGCCUUUCCAGCUCAACCCCGAGUACAUUCCCCAGCAGAGUAAAAACCUGCCCCAGGAUCUGGUCAGCCCGAGGGCUUACCGCGGCUACCCCCCUGUGGAGCACAUGUUCUCCUUCUCCCAGCCGUCGGUGAACGAGGAGGCGGUCGGUGCCCCCUUUGCGAGCCAGGGGUCUCGGCCGGGGUUCCUGAGGAGAGCGGAUUCGUUGGCCAGUUCCACCGAGAUGUCCAUGUUCAGGAGAGUCAGUGAGCCCCACGAGCUGCCCCCGAGCGACAGGUAUGGCAGGCCUCCGUACCGAGGAGCUGUGGAGCGCCAGAGCAGCAUCUCGGUCUCCGAGUCUCAGUUCCUCAAGAGGAAUGGCAGGUACGAAGACGAGCAUCCUUCCUACCAAGAAGUGAAAGCCCAGACUGGAAGCUUUCCAGUUAAAAACCUUACACAAAGGAGGCCGUUGUCUGCAAGAAGCUACAGUACAGAGAGUUACGGCACAUCCCAAACCAGGCCGGUUUCAGCGAGGCCUACAAUGGCAGCUCUGCUGGAAAAGAUACCGUCAGACUAUAACUUGGGUAACUAUGGCGACAAGCCUUCCGAUAACAGUGAUAUAAAGACAAGGCCUACCCCUGUGAAGGGAAAUGAGAGCUGUGCUAAAAUGCCCGCUGACUGGAGACAACAGCUACUUAGACAUAUAGAAGCUAGAAGGUUAGACAGGACCGCUGCUUACAAACACAACACAGUUAGCCUUGGCAUGCUGCACUCUGGAGGUUUUUCAGCAAUGCAUGCCGGCAGAAGCAUGACUUUAAACUUGCAGACUAAAUCUAAAUUUGAAAACCAAAUGCUUCAAGAGCUACCUCUACCGAAAACCCCGUCGCAGCAGAGCAGCAUUCUGGACAACGGGCAGGAGGAGAUGUCUGUGAGCAGCCAGUGGAACCCCUACCCGCUGGGGCGGCGGGACGUGCCGCCGGACACCGUCACAAAGAAGCUUCCUGAAUUUCUGCCUAACGGGUUACGUUACCCACAGGCAGGUAGCCAUAUCCAGACUCUAAUGGGAUCACAAAGCCUACAGCAUCGGAGCCGUGAGCAGCAGUAUGAAGGAAACAUGAACAAAGUCACCAUUCAGCAGUUUCAGCCACCACUGCCUAUUCAGAUUCCCUCUUCGCAGAGCUCUCGAGCCCCUCAGACAGGGCGGUGUUUAAUCCAAACCAAGGGUCAGAGAAGUACGGAUGCCUAUCAGGAGCAGUUUUGUGUGAGGAUAGAGAAGAAUCCUGGCCUUGGUUUUAGUAUCAGUGGUGGAAUAAGUGGACAAGGAAAUCCAUUCAAACCUUCUGAUAAGGGUAUCUUUGUUACUAGGGUUCAGCCUGACGGACCAGCAUCCAGCCUGCUCCAGCCUGGCGAUAAGAUCCUCCAGGCAAAUGGACACAGUUUUGUACAUAUGGAACAUGAGAAAGCUGUAUUACUACUGAAGAGUUUCCAGAAUACAGUAGACCUAGUUAUUCAACGUGAGCUUACUGUCUAAAUAUUUUUUUAUAAAUAGUAAAUAUGUCUAGCCAGAUCUAAUGUUCAGAUUUAUACAUAGGAAACAAAUUUUUGCCAAUUGCUGGACCAAUGGCAAACAGUAGUGCCAAAUGUAUAAUACUAUAUGUUAGUACCAAUCAUCUUGAAAAAAAAAUAUAUUAACUAUAUAAAUAUAUUGUUCAUGUGGCUAUGUAUUAGUUUUAAUUGUCAGCCUCUGGCUGUGCAUUGGUGCGUUUUUUUAAUCAAGUUACUUCUUAAAGUCAAUUUCAUAUGAUUUCAAAACACAGAAGCACAUACAAAUUCUUUAGGAAUUCUGCUGUCCAUCAGAAACACUGCCUCAAAGUUGUAUAUGCCUUUAUAAAGAUAAAAUAUAUUAACCUGUACUUCCCAUGAAAUAUUUCUAUCAUGUCACAUACAAAAAUAUAGAGAAAAAAUAUUUUCAUAAACACCUCAAAGAAAGUAUAUAUUAAAUUAGAUUUAAUAAUGUUCAUUUAUUUUCAAUGCAAAGAUAUUAUAUGCCUUAUGAAAAUACCUGUACAUAUGCAGUGUGUAUAGCUGGCUCCAUAUUAAUUAGUAAAAAUGUCACUAUACAGGGUGAGAUACUUAAUAAAUUAUACUGUCAACUCUGGGACCUAGAUAUAAAUAACCUACAUGAAAAUUGGUUAACUUCCUUUUGUUUGACAUGUUUAGCUGAUUCCAUGUGAACACACUAAAUGGAUGAACAGUGAGUUUAGACAGGUAUGGUCCAUAAAUGGAAGAAGCUUGUGAUGGGUGGCAGUAAAACUUUUUUUGUUGCUGCUAAUUAUAUUAUUUAACUUUUUAAUUUCAAAUUAUAGGCCCUUUACUUACAUUCCCCAUUCCCCCAGUCUUACAUCGUUCUGUGUUUUUACUCUGAUCCAGGCUGCGCUAGCCCCUGCUCGCUAUAUUCACUGUCAGUGAGGCUUUAACCUUUAUACAAUCCUUCCUUUGAGUAACAGUCUCUUUAAAAUGAACGGGCGCAGAUUUCGUCUGAGAUGCGGUGCAUCACAGGGGGAGCAGCGAAUAACGCUGAGCGAGCCUGGGAAAAGCUUUCCCACUGAAGCGCGCAGUUUGAAAACCCGUCAGGUGAAAGUCCCAGGGCUGUUCCCAACAGAGAAUACUGACAGCACAGAACUUUGCCAAACUGCUGUUGGUUCAGCAGUCCAGGUGUCCGUUGUGUUUAUAACUGACAGCAAGAUGGAAAAACAUAAGAAAACCUCCCACCAGAUGUUUUCAGGGGAUCCAGUUUCCAUUGACCUGAAUGACACCGAUGGCAAAGGACCGCAGGGAGAGCCGGAACCUGCUGCGGGAGGGCCAGGCUCACUCACAGCUUUUCCAGCGGGAUUUAGCAACACCCUGAAAAACCUGAGUCAGACAGGAGUGUAGCUAUAGCACAAGGGCAUGGCCGGGAACAUUUUACUUUUCUGCUUGCAAGAGUCUCUAGAAAGUCUUAAACCUUUUUCUCUUCCCAUCACGUACACACUGGCCAAGGUAAUUAUACUUCAAAUUAAACUAAACUUCAAAGACAAUACUGCCGUUACGUAUAAUGCCCUGUCUGCUAUAUGGACCUAGUAUUCCUCCCACAGAGGUGUAAAUACACUUUGUGGAGCUCUGCUGCAGUCCCGUGUACAGUAAGUGGAAGGCCUGAGCUACAAUACGUGCUGUCAGCAUUCCUGUUAGCCGACGUGUCCCCGACAUCGCCGAAACACACCAGCACCGGGCAUUCCUGCCCGGGCGGUUUGGUGUGCGAGGGGCUUACGCUGGGCUCAAGGCAAACCGGACAAAGGCGCGGAAGAGAAAUCUGCUGAGGGUACGAAAUGCCUAGCAAUCGCUUUGGCUUCGGGCGGUGGGAGGGGGUGGUACUGUGAAGGCCACCUGCGCACAUAGGAAAGGAGAGAUAAAGUACCCCACACAUAAAAAUUAAACUACGAAUUAGUCAGUAAAUAGGUACAGGAGGAACUAUCCCCUAAUGUUGUUAUGAAGCAUCAGCUUUUUAGUUGUUUGGAUUUUUUUUUCCUUUUUUUUUUUUUUUUAAAUCAUAUGGCAGCUGUUGAGAAGUCGAGUCCGGCCGGGCUGUGGCACAGAAGCCAGCGUGCUGGGUCAGUGCAGAGCUGCAGCCCUGGGCUCGGCUCCGCUAAGGGGUUUCUGUAGCAAUCACUUGGAAAGUGACACUUCUACAUUUGCCUGUAAGUUCCCUAUGCUCUGGUUGUUUGCAUCAUCUCCCCUGUUCUCCUCCAUGAACAGGAACUAUUAAGCUUAUUAGUAUAAAUAGUAAUGAAGCUUAAAUUCCAAGCUGACUGAGCAGGUUCCCACAUCACAUGAAUUUUACCUUAUCCAAGCAAGCAUUCCUGCUGGGAGGGCUUCUGUACCACCAGAGUGGCAACACACCACCAGGUACCACAGUGAGCCAUAGCUGAUGGUAAUCGCAAAAUUUACAAUUUGAAUAAAUGAUUUGAUGAUAUUCAGAACAUAAAUUUAAAUAAUUAAGACUUUUCAGUAAAUUAAAAUCCUCUUGAUACCACAAGCUGAAAACGCUUGCUGAAUUCAUGAGAUGUGGAUUUGGAUCGUUAUUUGCUCAAUUUUUUCAGCUUUCAGUUUUCUAUCAUCACAUGGAUGUAAUUUCAUCAUGUGCCAUCAAAUCACACAGGUUCUGGCAGAGCCCAUCUACAACUUGCCUCACAUUCAUGGCAUUUCAGAGGCCAAAAGUUCCAUUCUUAAGUCCUCACUGCCCUUUAAAGAAAGUAAGGAUUUAUUCAACAUCAUGUUCAGAAAAUCCUAGACACCUAUGUAGCUUUUAGAUAAUUAUGUUGAAUGGGAAUUAGGUCCCUUAAUAGACAUUUAUGCACCUAAAUUCCUCUGUGGAGCUGCCUUUGUCUUUUCACGCGGAAAAUCACUCUUCUGAAUGUGACCACACACGCACCCACACGGCGAAGCAGCGCACACCAGCACAUCUGUUGUUACACACCCCGUAGGCGUUUUGGGACAGCACAGCUCCCCAGCUCAGAAAUCCUUCCUGGGACUCCGCUUCCAGCAGGAAAAUGCAGUAAAUGACUACUACGGCAGCUUUGAAUCAUGCUGUAAUGCAGUCUGAUGUCAUUAUACAGGACAUGAUGCACCCAUCUGCCAAGCAAAAUGACAAGACAGACUCCUGAGACAUGUGGCAGCAUUAAAUAAUACUUACUACAUACGUAGCACCAAGAAUGUGGUAGGGAGUUGCAGACAUAGGCAAGAUGACGAGGGCUCUGCCUUAGGACCAAGAGAAGAACUUAAAGGUAAAAACUGGUAAGCUAAAAAAAGCAAGUGAGCUUUAGUGCUUGUUAAGAGCAGAUUUUGUGCUCGGUUGCUUUCCCGCGUGCUGAGUUUAUUAGAUCUAAAGCACAAUGGCAUCAUCAAUCGAGGCUGUGUGCAGAACUAUGUUUCAAACUUGCUGAGUGAGUGCCUUCAUUAAUGGAUUAUAAUGAAAAGGCAAGGACAAUAAAAUCAAGUUAGUGCAGUGGAAUGUCACAUUUAAGUCCUUAACUUGGGCAAAACUCCCACCGACUCCAGGAAGGGGAUUGGGGGAGAGUUUGCACUCCCAACUGAAACAGACAGUAGCGAAGCUUUAACACCAAACCCCCACUGCCCCCCAAAUACCAAGUAUUUUCUUUUUGGCAUAUUUUUAUUCAAAUUGGCUGAAAUGAUGUUUAGCUAGCACUACUGUUAUGAGCAAUUAAAAUUACUUUAAUGGGACUACUUAGGAUUUUUACUUUAGUCCUUCAAAAUAACUUGCACCUUUUGCCUUUCCUGGAAGGUCUCCUGUAACCUCACAGACACAAUCGUGUGCAACCCGGUUUGCAGGUCGGGUACCAGGUUAUGUACGUGCUUUCCACAUAAUUAUGAUUUAUUUCUUUUUACUACUAAAUACGAUUAUAUGGCAAGUGCUGGAGGCAGGUGACACUUCACCCUGAGGUGACUUCCACGUGUGGGUUCACUUUCAUGUGCGUGAAUGUGUGUUGAUCCAGGCAAGCACAGUCUCAAAGCGCAGAUGGUUUCCUUUCUUUAGGCCACUGAGCACUCCCAGGUACGCCGUCUCUUCUCCCACACUGACUAGACAAGCCCUCAAACUCAGUAUCUUUCUAAAGCUACUAAUGGAAAUUUUCGUACUGAUGCAGGCUGCGUUACAAACACCAAGGGGAAGGCAGUCCAGCGUGCGGCCGGCGGCUCUCCCCCGCCACGUUGUUGCUGUAGUGCUGCAGCGCGCGUUCCCACGGCAAUAGCUCCGUUAGCUGGGAAUGCGCUGUUUGGCUUUUUUAGAUUUUUCCAUGCAAUAAACACUUAACUAACGAUCCUCAGGGAAGGGCUAGAUUAAAAAGGAAGCCUGCGACAUAAUUCCCUUAUCCUCAUUUUGUAACAAGUUUCAAAGAGCUCAGUGGCCGAUGCCAGAGCUCCCAUUCCGGCGCUACCCCUCAUACCCCAUAACCCACUGUGGGGCCUCCUCCCUCGAGCAUGUGGUGUGCCAAAAACCCAGUGGCCAGGCUGGUCAGAACUUGUUUGCUUUUCUGCAGUCUUCUUACAAGGCAGCUCUUAAGGGGAAAAAAGAGGAGGGUGGGGAGAAAAAAAAAAAAAAAAAAAAAAAGAAAAAAAGCUGCUUCCAAAACGCUUUUCUUAUUUUGAGAAAUUAAGACCAGACCCCAGGAAGCCUGCAGCACUCUCCAGUCUCAAUUUACCCAUUCUCCCAUUCACAGCUUGCAGUUUGUAUCUGGGUGUUGAUGAACUACGGCAUUUAGAAGCCAGUUGUUCAUAAUAGCGAUCAUUUAACAUCUUCAAAUCUGUUUUGAUGUUGUUUUCCAAGAUAUUUUUUAACAUGUCCACGUCUGCACCUGUUUCACGGCACUACGCUAGCUCCUGAGGUGGGGACGGGGUGCGCCAGCCGGGGACGGCCGUGCCCGGCCAGCGUCUCAGCGCAGGUACCUGGGCAGGAGAAAGCCGAGUGUGUAAGUGACAGCUGAGAGCUGAGCCGAGGGGUAAGUGCCCAAGGCCGGUGCAGAGCAUCCGCGGGACACCAAAUGCCACAACUUCCAGGGGUUCACUGGGAACACUCGGCCUGAAAGGCUGCCGAGGCUUUUAUAGGGCGGCCUGUUUCUGAACAGGAAGGAAAAGACCUUGGAAACAUUGCUGUAAUAGCUGUAUUUUUAGCUCACAUCGGAACACCUGAAAAGCAAAAUCCCUAAUGUUAUAGCCCACCACUAAUCUUCAUGAGCCAAAAAUCCAACUAAAAAUUACAGUAUGAAAUGUUCAGGAGAUUGGUUUGCUGUUGCUAGUAAACACUUGGAAUGUAAAGACAUUCCUUGGUUAAACCUCUCUGGCUUGUAAUAUAGCAUUUAAUUACCUUAUGCAAUCGAAAACCUGCUUAUUUAUAGAUACGUGUGUAUAUAUGUAUAUAUCUGAUAGAGAUAUAUGCAACAGUAAAUGCAAAGACGCUAGUAAAUGAAAAACCAUGCAUUUAGAUCCGCUCACGUGCAGGAUCUGGUCUCAAGAGAAGACCCAGGGGUCCACAGCGGGAUGAUCGGGUACCAGGGGUAUUUAUUGCCAGGGAACUAACCGCUAACAGGAGGAGGGUUAGAGCCUGGGGUCUGUGCUGCCCAGCCUCUUCCGCGGAAGCGAAGCUCACGAGCACCUGGGGUUCUGGGUUCCAGCGUAGUGCCACCCCUCUCCCACCCAGCCAGGCAAGCCCUGUAGAAGAGAGAGAGGAUUUGACACAAGUACCUUUUCCCAAAAUUCAUAAACAGGCACAGGAGGUGAUAAGCCUCAGGCGUGGGCGGUGGAGUCACCACCUACCUUAGCAGUAUUUUUAACUGGUGGGAUUUUACAUUUAGACUUUCCAAGAGAGAAUAAAAUUUUAUGUGAAGUUUGAGCUCCCUGCCCACGGGCUAGUGCGUACCAACUCCCCAUCCUGCCUCAGCAUUCUUCCCCCACUCUUCUGCCUUCAAAAAUUUAAUUUUAAGCACACGCACAAAGAUGUACCAUUUCAUUUUCAGGCAAGCCGAUGUAAGGAUUUAUUUCGCUUGUCAGUCUUGCCAGUGCGAGUGGAAUACAAUGUUAACGAUACAACUUUCAGGCCAGUAGUUUGGAUAGGAUAUGAAUUAAUUGGUGGUUUGGUUUUGUUUUGAACGCCUUCGGUUUGGGUAUGCGUGCUGGCGGGCAUCAAGCCACGUGUGCGGCACAGCAGUGGCACCCCGAGGCCAGGCACAGACACCCGCGCUCUGCCCCGCGGAGGGCGCGUGCGUCGGCCAACGUCCACUUUCACGGAAAAGCAAAUUUCAAAAGACAGCAUUUGUGAAUUGUAUGAGUUUAAAUCAUUUCUGUCUCAAAAAAAAAAAAAGAAAAAGCUUUUUGCCAAUCCUCUUCCUGGACAAUUCCAGCAAAUAUUCUGGAAGUGAAUGACGUCGUUGCAUUGCAUAAGAAUUCCCACGGCCCUUGUGAGGCGUUUUCUGCAGCACCACCAACCCAGCCACAGCCCUGCAGCACAAGAGGCUUCAUCUCUGUCAGUCGGGGCCUUCUCUGUCUCUUUGCUGGCACGUGUGGCUUUGCCCCGAAACCCCCCGGGCAGAACCAACGCUCUCAUCAGUUCAGUUUUCUACUUGUGAGUACUGUAUCCAGUUCAGAACCAACAGCUUACUUUAUUAAAAAUUUUACCAUUUUAUAAGAGACAUGUUUAAUUAUGAUGGAGAUGGCUGUAUUGUAAUUAAUAUUUUGAGAUAAUUGUGAUUUUGAGCUUAAAUUAUAUACAGAAAAUGGUCAUUUUUGUAUGUGUUAAAAGAUUGCUAUAUUACAAAUGACUAACUGUACUUUUCAGUUGAAUUACAGUAUUAAUGUAAAUAAAGCUGAAUGAAGAAAUAUUUACUACUUUACUAACAUAGAUUGUGAAUGUACUUAAUGUUUUUUGCAGUAUAAAGACUUACUGAACUUGAAAGCUGCUUCAUUUUACGUGCAAAAAGGUACUUCAAAAUUAUAUUUUAAAUCUAUUGAUUCAGUGCAAUCAAUUCUAUUGUUAGUUAAUUUGCACAUGCAGGUUGUAUCCUUCCAGUUUUAUUUCAUGUAUGACACUUAUCCGUAAGGUGCAUAUUGUGUUUAGAAUGCAUUUUGCAGAUGCUUCUGUACAUAAAACAAAUACAGGGACUAAAACAAUGCUGUGCAGUGUAUAGCAGAGCCAUUUUUCGGCUUUGGUGUACCCAACUUUUUCAGUAUUUAAAAAAGUGUUUUGAAUAACAUUAAAAAGUCUCUUUAUUGUAUAAAUAAUAAAAAUGUCACCUUAUUGUAA